GUCUCGGACCCCCGCUGUCGCAGAGCCCUGCCCACUCCCUGCAGGGCUCCGAAGCCCGGCGCUCUGGGUCCCCCGCCAGCCUUCAAGAGGACCGGCUUUGCCGCGCGGUAGCUCGGACUGUUUCCACCUAGUGCUAGGCCCGGAUCCAGUCCUGGAGCGCCUUCCUAGCUUACCUCACAGCAGCCCGCUCGCCUCGCUUCGGGCCUGGGGAUCUUCCCCUCCGCGCCGGGUGCGCCCUAACCCACCUCCCAGGACAGCCCAUCCUGCGUAUUUCUGGGAUCCAGCCCCAGACUGGACGGGGAACCCGCUCCGGUUGGGAUCUGAGGGGGCCUACAGCAAUGGUUACAGCUCUGGCCUGAGCCUGUGGACAUCAGCCCUCUGGUUAUGCCGACUAUCUGCUAUGACAUUAGUCUAGCUUCUUUCCUUCCCUGAGCCUGUUCCCCUAACUGAUCUGGUGCUCCAUUAUUGAGUUAGCAUCAGAGCUGCUGACGUUCUGCUGAGCAGUGCAAAACAGCUCAAACUCUUCUCUCCGCUGACAGCAGAAUUUAGAUAAAGUCUUCAGAAGGAAGAAAUUGGGGCCAGAGAGGAAAGUGAGGAAAAUCAGAUCCCAGAUCUUCGGAAAGAAGGCACUUUAAGGAGCAACACACCCUCCACCAUAGCCCAUCAAGCAGAAGGGUAAGGCUGUGAAGAGCCGGAGCUCACAGGUCUCCUAGGAUAACAGUCCCAAACAGGCUGGUGCCACCCUCCAGCUGCCCAGGGGAUGUGGCUGUGAGGCAGAAUCCACAGACCCCGUGGGAAGAGGGCUCCGAGGGCCAUGGCCCAGGUCAGCAUCAACAAUGACCUCGGCGAGUGGGGCUUGAGCACAGACUCCGGGGAGCGGGCCCGUCUGCUGCAGAGUCCCUGCGUGGACACAGCCCCCAAGAGUGAAGGGGAGGCCUCUCCUGAGGGUCUGGGCAGAGGCACUACUUCCACAAUUGGGGCCAUCUUCAUCGUCGUCAAUGCCUGCCUAGGUGCAGGGCUGCUCAAUUUCCCAGCAGCCUUCAGCACAGCAGGGGGCGUCGCAGCGGGCAUCACACUGCAGAUGGGCAUGCUGGUCUUCAUCAUCAGUGGCCUAGUCAUCCUGGCCUACUGCUCCCAGGCCAGCAAUGAGAGGACCUACCAGGAGGUGGUGUGGGCCGUGUGUGGCAAGCUGACGGGAGUGCUGUGUGAGGUCACCAUCGCCAUCUACACUUUUGGCACCUGCAUCGCCUUCCUCAUCAUCAUCGGAGACCAACAAGACAAGAUUAUAGCUGUGAUGGCAAAGGAGCCUGAGGGGGCCGGCAGCAGCUCCUGGUACACAGACCGGAAGUUCACUAUCAGCCUCACUGCCUUCCUCUUCAUCCUGCCCCUUUCCAUCCCCAGAGAGAUCGGCUUUCAGAAAUACGCCAGCUUCUUGAGCGUCGUGGGCACCUGGUAUGUCACUGCCAUCAUCAUCAUCAAAUAUAUCUGGCCAGAUAAAGAGAUGACCCCAGGGGACAUCCUGACUAGGCCAGCCUCCUGGGUCGCCGUGUUCAAUGCUAUGCCCACCAUCUGCUUCGGAUUUCAGUGCCACGUGAGCAGUGUGCCAGUCUUCAACAGCAUGCGGCAGCCCAAAGUGAAGACCUGGGGUGGGGUGGUGACAGCCGCCAUGGUCAUAGCCCUCGCUGUCUACAUGGGCACGGGCAUCUGUGGCUUCCUGACCUUCGGAGCUGCUGUGGACCCCGAUGUGCUCCUGUCCUACCCCUCGGAGGACAUGGCUGUGGCCGUUGCCCGUGCCUUCAUCAUCCUGAGCGUGCUCACCUCCUACCCCAUCCUGCACUUCUGUGGGCGGGGAUGCCCGUGGAGGAGGACGUGGGGCGGGAGCGGCGGCGACGCGUGCUGCAGACGCUGGUCUGGUUCCUGCUCACCCUGCUGCUGGCACUCUUCAUCCCUGACAUCGGCAAGGUCAUCUCAGUCAUCGGAGGCCUGGCCGCCUGCUUCAUCUUUGUAUUCCCAGGGCUGUGCCUCAUUCAAGCCAAACUCUCAGAGAUGGAAGAAGUCAAGCCAGCCAGCUGGUGGGCACUGGUCAGUUAUGGUGUCCUCUUGGUCACCCUGGGAGCCUUCAUCUUCGGCCAGACCACAGCUAAUGCCAUCUUUGUGGAUCUCUUGGCAUAACCUCUGCCUCCCAGGCAACACAUGGCCUUUGCCACUGGAUGCAGGAGCGCAUCUCUUAGAGCUGUGGGCUCACCUUGAGUCCAGCAUCAUUCCCGUCUACUGGUGGGAUGACAUCUGGACAUCCUUUUCCAGGGACAGUUCUGGAGUGAAAUCAGACCUCACACCUCUGGACAACGCAGACCGAGCUCCCCUCCUGCUCUCCAGUCCCGGCAGUGCUAGAAUGGAGGGAGGAGGUCUUGUAUCACAGAAGAACCUUCUCUGUCCUCCAACUCUCAGCUUCUCCAUUCCUGAAAAACAUGGGUGAAGAGAAUCAGAACAUCUCAGAAAAGAGACCCCAGCCUGACUUUCAUUUGGAGACAGAGUAUGGGCAAAGGGCCACUCCACAGAGCACCGUGUCCUGAGUGGGACCUGUGCUCAUUACCCCAGGACUCGGUGCCUACUCCAGUUUGUCAGCUGCUUGGCCAGCAGUGGCUUCUCUGGGAUCUGGCCACUUCCAAAGGUAGCACAAAAGUCAUACAGACGCACAGAGGUAGAUAGAGUCAUGCCUUGUCCACCCCCAGCCUGGGCCCACAGUGAGCCUGUAGACCUCUUGUCCGUGGCUAAUUGACAUUUCCCAAGACUUUGGGACCUCACUCUCUUUCCCCAGACCUGAGGGUCCAGGUGUCCCUCUCCUCCUCCAUCUCCAGACAUCAUCAAGUCUAAUGUUUACAAACGGUGCCAGCCCGGCUCUGACUCAAAGGACAGGGGCCGUCCCGUGCCACCGCGGUGCUGUGAGUACUCUUCAGUUAGCUUUCCCCUUGGCAGAAAGUCUGUUUUUCUCACUCAGAUUCCAGAUGGGCCCCUUGUUUCUGUGGCACAGGUGGGUGAGAGAGAAGGCUGGGAACCUUUCAAACCCACGCAGGCUGGGCUGGUCAGAGUCCAAGUGAGUUUCUCUGAUAGCUUCUCUUGCAGCGACUCCUUCUCUUCUGCCUGCGCUCUGCUCCCUUCUUCCCUGGCAACCCCAGCAGGAUAGCCCACAGAGAAGAACAGCCGAGUUGUCACUGACUCGGCAGCACUUGAGUGUAGUCACGCCAGUCUAGGAGUGUCCCUUCUGGUCCAGAUCUUGUCUGCUCCCUCCCCCCAGCAUUUCUUCAGUCCCUACCCCAUUUUUUCUAGCUCAUUCUCUCCUGCUCAUGCAACACUGGGGGCAGGUGGUGUACUAGACCCUUUUGUGUCAGCUUCCUCAGCUCCUCAGGCCCACCAGACCUGGCCUCAGUGACCUGACACUGAGGUCAUAUGUGGGUUGUGCCCCAGGUAGGGUGAGGAGGGACACUCUUCUCCCACUCUGAUUUUUUUUUUAAUUUUUUUUUUUUAACAUUUAUGUUUGAGAGGGAGAG